AUGAUGGACUCAUUACGCAAGCUAGUUCGGAGGGCCGACGGAUCCAAUGACGAGGAAACCGAACUCAGCUCCACCACCGUCAAUCUUCUGAUAACUUUGUUGGUGUUGGUCCUGUUGGGAAUUACUUUGGUCGGCACCCUCCUUGUCCUCCGCAAGAAACGUCGCGCCGCGAAGAAUGCCGGUCUACCCAUGUACAACGAACAUUCCAACGGCGCUGGACAUCACCGUAAGCUCACCAUCACCACGACUCCCUACGGCGGCAGGUCUGAGUCCGUCUACGUCAUUGAUGAGAAGAGAAAUCUGGUCGACAACUCCUCUAGCCCACCCUCGAGCCCCGUUCCAGAGAUUCGUAUCACGUUCCCUGAAGAGGAAGAUACGAAUGGCACACGACGGCCAGGGAGUGUCGUCGUCGUGCGCAUCGGCGAGAAGGGCGGCAUCGGCUUGGAACCUUACACGGAGUCGUUGCCGCCAUACCAGGCAAAUAGCUCUGACAGGUUCCAGUCUCUCGACCUUGACCGGAUGGGCGGAUUGAAGGAUAAAUGCGACUCCAAGCAAUAUUCUUAGGGUCGCCCGCAGACUAUCGUUCAAUUCACCACUCCACUCUCUCUUCCGCACCUGCUCCUAUGCCGUACACACCCUCACACCACUGCUACCUGACCCCCCCCCGAAGCGACCCACAAUCUCAGGGAUACCCAUCUCACAGAUAUAAAAACACUGCUAAUCCGCUGGCAUAUAUUGCUACGCACUCUGUUGUCACUCGAAGACCAGGCAUCGAAACUUACCAGUUGCGCCCAACUCCCGACUGGCUUCGAUAGCUGCCUGUAAAGCCGUCACAAUUCCACGUACCCUGCUAUGUUCCUAGGGCUUGGAAAACACGACGUGACGUAAUUUCGCUUAUUGUUUUUAUUCAUUUCAUUUUUAUUUUCCUUUAUCUUUUCUUUUCCCCAUUGGGCUAUCUUGUUGAUAAUGGAUCCCGCUGUUUGAUUGAUGAAUUGCGGCUUUCGGCACCGCCUUGGCUCUUCCUGUCCAUUAUUUUAUUCCGUCAUACGGAUAUAUGCACUUCCAAUUCGACUGUGCAGCCUUUUUUUUUUUUUUUUGGAUCUUGAUUGGUUGCAUUAUCAGCUGGACUUUGAAAUUGCUUUGGGAUAUUUCCUGCGCCCCGUUGCGUCACGAUGUUCUCAAGAGUACGGAGUAUAUACCUUCUUACCGCUUUGAUAAACUGAAAUUGUUCAAACUUGGUCGAACGUAUCACGUUAUAAUUUCUA